AUGGCCCACGAGGACGUGAGAUAUUACCGGGGGCAGGAGCUGCGGGCGGCAGAGGAGGACUCCACGCACUCGUUCAUCUGCGUGCUGAAGAAGAUGAAGGAAGUGCGGCUGAUGGAGAAGGUCGUGGAGGACACAGAGGAGGCCUUCACGGAGAGGAUGGAGAGCCUUGCUGAGCAGUGGAGGGAGCUGCACGCCAGGAGGGCCCAGCUGAAAGCCCACGUGGUGACAUCUGGGGCCACCGUGAAGGCCUUCACGGAGAGGAUGGAGAGCCUUGCUGAGCAGUGGAGGGAGCUGCACGCCAGGAGGGCCCAGCUGAAAGCCCACGUGGUGACAUCUGGGGCCACCGUGAAGGAGAAUGAAAGGCUGCGAAGCCAAGCUCUGAAGAAAGCCAAAGAAGAGAAAGAGGAGAAUUCGAAAAAGGAGACUGAGCUCGUGAGGGCUAGGAGGGAGCUGGAAGCCCUGAGGAAGCAGCACCAGAAACUCUCCAAAAAACUGCUGCAGUACUCCCGGUUCAGGAGGUACCUGGAGGAGGUGGUGGAGCAUUCCCAGUUCCAUGACAUCGAUGACAUCAUCACCUACUACAAGGCCCUGCUGAGGACACGCAAGGACCUGCUGCAGUCCCAGUGGUGGCACCGGCAGCUGCUGGAGCAGGGCAAGGGCCUGCAGCAGCAGAUCAGGGCGGAGAGGGAGGCUGAGAUGCUGCAGUGCAGGAACGAGCUCGUGCAGCUCAAAGAGUCGCUCGAGCAGGCUCAAAGUGACAUCCGGCACUGGGAGCAGCGCUGUGCCCAGGUGCAGGACGGGGCGGCCAGGCGGGCGGUGGAGCUGAGGUCCCUCACCAUGGCCAUCCACAGCCUGUUCCACGCCGCCAGCGCGCGGCUGCAGCCGCAGGGCAGGGUGGCAGCCGGGGACAGCCACAGGCAGCUGGACAUGAUCCGGCAGUUUAUCCACGACCUCCAGGACUUCACGGAGGACAUGAAGGAGCGUGGCCGGGCUCUGUGA